CUGCUGAUUGGGCUGUGCGGGGGGCGGGGCUUGGUGAGGGCGGGCCGGAAGGGGCGCGCGCGCGGCGGUUCCGGUGGCGGCGAUGAGCUUCGCGUGGCCCUGGCAGUACAACUUCCCGCCCUUCUUCACGUUGCAGCCCAACGGGGAGACCCGGCAGAAGCAGCUCUCGGCCUGGUGUGCCUUGGCCCUCGCCUACAGCCAGCGGCACCGGCUGCCCGCUAUGACGGUGCGGGAGGCCCAGGAGAGCCCGCUCUUCGCCAACCACCGCCUGCAGCGGAAGCUGCCACUAGAAGCCAUCCAGGUGGUGCUGGAAGAGCUCCGUAAGAACGGGAACCUGGAAUGGUUAGAUAAGAACAAAACCAGUUUUCUGAUCAUGUGGAGAAGACCAGAAGAGUGGGGGAAGCUCAUCUAUCAGUGGGUAUCGAAGAACGGCUUGACUAACUCCGUAUUCACGCUGUAUGAAUUAGCCAGUGGAGAUGACACAGAGAAUGAAGAGUUCCAUGGCUUGGAUGAAACUAUGCUGCUCCGUGCCCUGCAAGCUUUGCAACAAGAACACAAAGCUGAAAUUAUCACGCUGGACGAUGGCCGAGGUGUGAAGUUCUUCUGAUAGGAGCCCCUUCCCAUCUUCCUUGGCUGCCAAGGCAGUUCUGGCUGUGAAGGUUCGCUAUCCUGGCCUGGAUUCAAGCCAUAACUGCAAGCAGCUGCACGCUUGGGAUUUCCUGGGACACGGAGAACCUGCAAAGCCUUCUAAAGACAUGACUUCUUAGAAAUAUUCAGAGAUCCCCUGUCUGUCUUUUCUUCUUGUUGAUCAUGUUUGAGAGGCUAAAGCUGCUCUAGGCAGUUCUGAGAGGGACAACUAGGAAAUGAAAUAACGGGACUGCUCCUUUUGCCGAUCCCUGCUCCUCUGAAGGCGAUGGAGCAGUCUCAGCUGGCUGGUGGGGCUUGGCCUCAAAGGGCACCUCCUUCCCUCCUGCCAGCCGCACACUGGGGCUCUGCAGUCCCCACUGCGUUGCCAGGCAGGGUGAAAGCAAGCACAAGGACCUGUCUGUCACAGCUGGGCUCUGUAGAAGACCCCGAUGGAAGAGUGGUACGUCCUUGCUGUGGAGUAGGCUGUGCAGCCUGAUGGAGCUGGAUGCCCAGGAACUGAUCUGAAGUAGUUAAAACAAGAUGUAUUUAUACACCAGCCUGAGUGUUUUCGUCUAUCUGUAUUUUUCCAUCAGAAACAAAACCAGCAUACCAGAUUCUUACCCUUCAGCCACAAUUCCUUAGCCUGACUUCCUUCCUUGCUGUACCAGGUGAACACGGCAAUGUGCCGGUGAGAGUGCGCCUGCCGAGCCCCACACCGAAAAAGUGAAAAAGUGCUUUUUUUUACAUGCCAGAGCCACAAACUGUGCGGGCCCAUCCUUAUAGCAACAUUCACUUUUAUUUUCCCUGUGCAAUCCUCUGGAAGGAGAUGGAUUUGUUGCAGAGGUGUUGCUCUGCACAGCAGCGGCUUUUGGAGGCUAUGGCUGAGUUAGUAGAUUCUCAGUGCUGAUAUUCAAUUGUAGAAUGGGUUGGAAAGGACCUCAAAGCCCAUCCAGUUCCAACCCGUGCCAUGGGCAGGGACACCUCCCACUGGAUCCAGUUGCUCCAAGCCACAUCCAACCUGGCCUGGAACCCCUCCGGGGAUGGGGCAGCCACCGCUGCUCUGGGCAACCUGGGCCAGGUUAUAUGAAGUACAACCAACUUGUCUGGAACUGUGACCCCAGGACAGUUUUUGACUCAAUAAAUCGGGAAUCACUGACCAGGGUAAGCUGGGCAGCUGUGGCGGGGAAGGAUGACGCCUCUUCCGUUCUUUGCUCGAGCAUUCAGUGCUUGCAGGCAGAGGGAGGCUACUGCACUGGGGUGACCUUCGAUCAGACCCAAUGUAGUUGUUCUCAGGAUCCUGGCAGGUUUUAGCCAUCUGUCCCCAGCCAGAGCGGAGCAGCUUGUCCUGCUGGUCCGGCCUCUGGAGGACACUCAUCACUGGUCCAGCCGCAGUGCUGCUGACAGCCCUCAUCAACAGUCGGCAAUUUUUAGUGUGGACAAAAUGCUGGAGUCCAGGUUGAGGUUGUGGAGCUGUGAAAUGUCACUAUUUCCUUUUUUUUAGCGGUAACCCAUUGACCUGAACUUGGUAGAAUGGAUCUGGGCAUGUCGCUUUGGAGUUGCAGCUGGAGGCUGGAGAUCAGGGUUGCACUCUACGCCAAUGGCUGCGGUGCUGUGGAGGAGUUCCCAUGUGCCAGCGUUUCUCUGCUGGAGAGAGGCACUAGUGCGCUCGUGCCGAGUCACUAACGAACUGGGCUAACGUGGUCUCUGAUACUUUCUGGAGACCAUCAUCCUUACGAACCCUGAGACUCGUGUGAGCAAAUGGGACGGUGUAGCCUGCGGUGAGCCUGCCAGUGCUGCCACAGCCCGGGGUGGCCAAGGUUGGCCUCACAUCCUCUGCUCUCCGGUAACCUGUUCUGACACCGGGCUGAGUCCCCACCCGAGCUGCCAGGUCUGGAGACAGAGGAUGGAAAGAUCUUGAGCUGCUGGAGUGUGUCCAGAGAAGGGCAACAGACUUGUUUAAGGGUGUAGAAACUGAGUCUUAUUAUGAGGAGUGGCUGAGGGACCUGGGGUUGUUUAGUCUGGGAAGAGGAGGUUGAUGGGGGACCUCAUUGCUCUCUGCAGCUCCCUGAAAGGAGGUUGUAUCCAGGUGGGUGCUGGGCUCCCAAAUAGCAAGUGAUGGGAUGAGGAAAUGGCCUCAAGUUGUGCCAGGGGAGGUUCAGAUUGGCUAUUGGGGAAAAAUUCUUUACUGAAAGAGUG